UAUUUUAUUAAUUAUAAUAUUAUUAUUAAUAUUAUAUAAUAUGGCAGAUGAGACUGAAAAAUUAAUUGAUCUUGUACAUAACUAUCCAUAUUUAUAUGAUACCAGUCAUUGUGAAUACAAAAACAUUGUGACAAAAGCAGAGAAAUGGAAUGAAAUUGCCGGAAUACUCAAUAUUUCAAGUGAAGCUGUGAAGCUUAAAUGGAAGAACCUGCGUGAUUCGUAUAUUAAAUACAUUAAGUUUUUAAAGGGAUCUACCGGAUCUGCUAAGAAAUACCAAAAUUGGCCAUGGGCAGCUCAUUUAGAAUUUUUAAAAGACACAGUAGUACUUAGAGCGACUACUUCAAAUGUAUCACAGACCCAUGAAAUAUCACACGUAGAUGAAACUUGUGAGCAGGAUGAGACGGUAGAUAACGAAUUUAUUGAUACUUCACCAUCUCAAAUGCUACCAACUACAAAAAUACUUAAAAGAAAAGAAGUUACAGGAGACGUCUAUGCGGUAAUAACAUAUCUUGAAAACAAAAAAAAAAGUAAAACUGAUACAAAACCUGACCACAUUGAUAAUCUGUUUUUGUCAUAUGCACAUACUUUCAAAACAUUUUCGCCAAGAACACAAGCCAUUCUUAAAAUGGAGAUGUCGCAGUUGUUCGGACGAGCUGAACUCAACGAAGUUGACGCUUUAGGUUUUACUGAAAUUAAUCGUUGAAUGUUCAGAUUUUGAAUAUUUAUGGACCGCAGUCUGUAAAACCUAGGAUUUACCGGUAUUCAUACUUUUACUAUAUAAAAUAAAAUAUAUCAAAAAAUAAUUAUUUAAUUUAAAAAUAUGUUUAUGUACAUUUUUAUAUUGAAACUAAUUAAAUUAGAUAACUUUAUGAUUUUGAUGUCCAGAGUCUUGUUAUCCCCUUAGCUUUCCUGGAUCAUAGUUCUCUAGUAUAAUGAGGAAUUACUAAUUCUUUAUAAUUUUGAAAAAUGACUGAAAUCUCUUACAUAUUUAUCAAAUCAAGAA